AGAACAAGCAGCAGUUUGGAGUGAUGGCCAGUUUAUAGGAACUAAAGCUGUUGGCAAGAAAAUCAUCACUUGAUUAAUUUCAAAUAAGCAAAUCGAAGACAAAAUAUGUGUCAUGCCCAAAGGAAAGGAAGCUAAAGGGACUAAGGUCACCCUCAAGGCCGCCAAAAAGGCGAUACGGAUGACACUAGACGGACGACACAGACUGACCCUUAGCAACAUGGGUAUAACCAUCUUCCCAAAGUGUCUCCUCAAGCUAACCAAUGUAGAUGAGUUGGACCUCAGCCGCAACCUGAUAAGGAAACUCCCAGACAACUUCGGGAACUUCUCAUCACUCAGAUGGCUUGAUCUGCACAGCAACAAACUUGAGUCUGUGCCAGAGUCAAUCGGUAACCUGGUGGUGCUGACCCACCUCAACCUCUCUAACAACUUCCUAACCUCGGCAGGUUUACCCUCCACUCUGGGUUCUCUCACCAGUCUGACGUAUCUCAAUCUGGGGAUGAACAAGCUGGACACUCUACCUCCCACUAUGGCAGCUCUAGGGAAUCUCCAAGAUUUCGGUCUAUUUGACAACCACUUCAUCAACCUACCAGAUUUUUUGCAUGUCCUAAAACACCUCACCAAAUUGAACAUGAAACAAAAUCCUCUAUCGUAUAUUCAGGAGGAUGGUGAGGAGACGCGACAAAAAAAAUCUGAGCCAGAGGAAGUGUACCUAGUAUCUGAGAACAAGCUGUGUAGGCCAUACUUAAGAAGAUGUAAAGAGCAGAGGAAAAGGCUUACAGGACAAGGAAGCGAUUUGAUCGAGGAGAAAAGGAUAAGGACUUAUGCAGGACUGAUGGUGCCAAACUCAGUAGCUGCAAUCAAUCAGGAUGUGUGGAGAAUCAGAGCGGUGGAACUUUUGCAAUAA